AUGGGGUGGUCUAGCAUGUUGCUCUUAGCCAAACUGUUUCUAACCUUAUGGCUUUCUACUGCCAAAGGUGAAGUGAGAUAUUGUGAUUUCCCAAAAAUAAGCCAUGGAGUAUUACAUGAUGAAAAGAAACAUGAAGCAUUUUCCCCCAUUCUUAAUGGGAAGGUUUUCUACUACUCCUGUGAAUAUAAUUUUGCGUCUCCUUCAAAUUCCUUCUGGACCCGCAUAGUGUGCACAGAUGCAGGAUGGUCACCAACACCAAAGUGUCUCAGGCUAUGUUUCUUUCCUUUUGUGGAAAAUGGUAAUUCUACAUCUUCAGGACAAACACACUUACAAGGUGAUAUUGUACAAGUUGUUUGCAAUGAAGGCUACAGCCUUCAAAAUAAUCAGAACACCAUCGAGUGUACUGAAGAGGGCUGGUCCACUCCUCCCAAAUGUGUAUCCACCGGGAUAUGUGGGCCUCCUCCACCUAUUGACAAUGGAGACAUCACCUCCUUCCCAUUGCCAGAAUACCCACCUUCAUCAUCAGUAGAAUACCAGUGCCAGUCCCUUUAUAAAAUGCAGGGCAGUAAGAAUAUAACAUGUAGAAAUGGAGAGUGGUCAGAGCCACCAAAGUGUUUACAUGCAUGUGUAACAUCAGAAGAAAUUAUGGGAAAACAUAACAUAACUCUCAAAUGGAGAGAAUCUGGAAAGAUUUAUAUCCAAUCAGGAGACUAUGUUGAAUUUAAGUGCAAAUUUAGACAUAAACAGACAAAAGCAUCUCCUCCAUUACGUACAAGGUGCAUUGAUGGUCACAUCGAUUAUCCCACUUGCUCAAAAAAAAGUUCUUGGUUCAGUGGAUGA